CUUUCUCACCGAGACUAAACUGCAGUUUUUAACACUAGGCUAUUGCGCAUUUUUGCAAAACAUUGACAAGGACGUUUGUCAUGCAGCAGAAGGUUGUUCGCGGCUCAUUCAUUGGUUGAUAAAAAUCGACCUGGUCAGAACUGAGGUAAACUUGCAUUAUUUAAGAACAAUUUCCCGGGAGCGCAUACGCUUUUCGACCGACGGCCCCUGACGGAGUAAAGGUUCAUCUGGAUAGCAGAGACAAUUGAUUCCUCCCGUUGAUACCAGCAACACGAGACACUGCAUUUUCUUUGAAAGUUUCUGGAUUUCGUUUCUGAAACGGAAUAGCUGAAAUUUACUCGGCUUUCGUGGUGGGAGACAAAGGAAGGCUACACCUGUUGUGAGCCUGCACGCUGUCAGAUCCUGAUUAUCAUUGCUCUCAUAGCCAGAGAUGCACUGUGACUGUUAGCUAAUCAUCAUGGUUUCUCUAAGGAUAAUACGAGACAUUUUCGCUGCAUUUGUGAUCAAAAUACUUUUACUUCAAACGUUCCAAGGAUGUGCUGUGUUAGGACAGCAGGAUUCGAACCAGCGGAGAAACCAAGCGUACUACGGUCCGAAUAUCUGUGGAGGAAGAGCCGUCAGCAAUAGUCAGAGCUGCUGUCAGGGUUGGUCAGCUGUCCCGUCCAAUGGUGGAUACAGGUGUUCUGUUCCAUCAUGUCGAAGCUCCUGUGGAACGGGAACGUGUAUUCGACCCGACCUAUGUUACUGCCCAGGAGGUGUUGUACAGACCCAACCAUGUGGUGCAGUUGACCCUAACUGCGACCCAAAGACAAGAGCUGAGGCACAGCAAGCUUCUGAAGAGAAAAACUGCGAUAACCUUUGCCAUAAUGGGGGAACUUGUCGACUCGGCAGACCGGGGUCUACGUUAUGCGAAUGUAAGGAGGGCUACACCGGUGCCCAGUGUGAAGAGGCUGUUUGCGGCAGUGGGUGCUUGAAUGGUGGUCGAUGUAUUGGACCGGACAGAUGCGCCUGUACCUAUGGAUUUACUGGAAAGAGAUGCGAAGUUGACUUCCGAACCGGACCGUGCUACACUCAAGUGGAGGGUGAUACCUGUAAAGGACAACUGAUUGGAGUGACGUGCACCAGGGGACUUUGUUGUGCUACCAUCGGUCAGGCCUGGGGUCAGCCGUGCCAGCAGUGCCCGAGAGCUCCCGAACCUUGCAGACGAGGGUUCAUAUUCCAUGAUAGCAACAAGCAGUGCGUUGACAUCAACGAAUGUAUCGCCAUUCCUGGCCUCUGUGUUGGAGGAAGGUGCACCAACACCCUCGGGUCGUAUCGAUGUGAGUGUCUGCCUGGACAGAGGAAGAACCCGACGACUGGAGCAUGCGAUGGUAAGGAACUGCCCGGAGGCGAGACGUGCGCUGAUGCUGGCGCUGAUGCUUGCAAGAACGGCCGAUGUCUGAAUGAUGACAAAGGCUACUACUGUGUCUGUAACGCGGGAUUCCUCGCCAGUGAUGACAAAAAGAAGUGUAUCAACAACAGGAAGGCGACAUGUUUUCGCACGACCGGUUGCCGUGACCCUAUUGGUAUCCCACUCACCCAAGUUGACUGCUGCUGUACCUACAGUAUGUCUGGGUGGGGAGAAAGUAGGAUAUGUGAAUCCUGCCCAACUAAAAACACGCCUGCUUACUACCGAGUGUGCCCAGGGAGUGAUCCGUUGACCGGAGGGGAGAACUUUACCCGGCCUGACAAUGGAGAUGACACUGGUCACUGCUCUCUUUACCCCAACCUCUGCCCCAAUGGGAGAUGCAAGAGUACCCCGGGAUCAUACAGAUGUAUUUGUGAUAAGGGCUUCAGGCUGAACAGACAGGGACAGUGUGUUGAUAUCGAUGAAUGUCGAGAAUACGGCUACUGUCGUGAGAACGGUCGUUGCUACAAUAAUCCUGGAAGUUACAGUUGUGACUGUAACUCUGGUUUCGCCCUCUCAACCGACAAGCGCUACUGUACAGAUAAAAAUGAAUGCCAGGAAUCUGACAAGUGUCCUAAUGGUAACUGCAUCAACUUGGAUGGCUCCUAUAAAUGUAGGUGCAAUCCUGGAUUCCGGUCAUCUGUUGACAUGGAGGUCUGCCUUGACAUUGACGAGUGCAGUGAAAUCAGUGGUGUUUGUCGCAACGGUAUCUGCCUGAAUGCCCUUGGAACAUACACGUGUCGCUGCAAUGCUGGUUACGAGCUCUCUCCGGACAGAACAUUCUGUGUUGAUAAAAAUGAGUGCACUGAAACCGGGAUGUGUGAAAAUGGUCGUUGUAUCAAUGAAGAUGGGGCUUAUAAAUGUCUCUGCAACGUUGGAUUCAAGUCAACUCCAGAUGAAAAAUCCUGUGUUGAUGUUGACGAGUGUGUCACCAAUGAUAACAAACUCUGUCCAAAUGGUAACUGCAUUAACACACCUGGGAGUUUCAGAUGUGAAUGUUUUGCUGGAUUUACUCUUUCUGCAAGUGGACGCUCUUGUAAAGACACCAGGAAAGGAUAUUGCUUCAUGGACAUUGACAAUGCAGGACAAUGCAAGAAUCCAUCCAGGCUGCUCAUCACACGUUCCACAUGCUGCUGCUCUUUGGAGAUGAGCUCUGCCAAGGGGCUAGGCUGGGGUGAUCCACAGUGCAAGCUCUGCCCAAGCCAAGGUUCUGAUGAUUAUGAUAAGUUGUGUACCUAUGGUGAUGGCAUGGAUGGAAACGGUGAUGAUAUCAAUGAGUGUUUGAUCUACCCCACUAUCUGCAAGAAUGGUGUCUGUGAGAACCUGCAGGGCUCCUAUCGAUGCAAAUGCGAUGAAGGUUAUACUUAUGAACCUGCAACUAAGCGAUGUGUUGAUGUGGAUGAAUGCCUCUUGAACAGGAAUCUCUGCCAGUUUGGAACCUGCCGCAAUGUCCCUGGAUCAUUCAAGUGUGCCUGUCCGACUGGAUUCACUUUUAAUGAUGAAACUAAAUCUUGCGAAGAUGUUGAUGAGUGUGCAGAAAACGAUCGUCUUUGCCAGGGAGGCAACUGCUUGAAUAAUGAGGGAAGUUAUCGCUGCGAUUGUUCUGUUCCUGGGACGACGUUUGACCCUGUUAGGAAAAUAUGCGUUGAUUCACGGAAGGCUGCUUGUUGGGGCAAGUUUAGUGGACGUUGUGAAGAAAAGGUGGGCGACCGCAUGACCAAGGAGGACUGUUGUGCUACAUUGGGAAAAGCAUGGGGAAGUCCUUGUGAGGAAUGCCCUGCAGCAAGCGAUUGUCCUAAAGGAUUCAAGCAUGAUGGUUCCAGUUGUGUUGACAUCAAUGAGUGUGUGAUGAUGGAGGGCAUGUGUGAAGGUGGUCGAUGUGUUAACACCCAGGGAUCUUUCAGAUGUGAUUGUCCGACCGGUUUCAGAGUCGGCGCUGAUGGCAAGACAUGUGUUGAUUUCCGAGUUAGUAACUGUUACAGCAAUUACGUGCGUGGACAGUGUGCAAAUGAUUUUGGUGGCCGCUACAUGAAGCAGGUGUGCUGCUGCUCUGUUGGACAGGCAUGGGGAGAGCCAUGUGAACCAUGCCCAUCUACUGGAUCUGACGAGUACAAAAAGCUGUGCAAUGGCGGAUCAGGCAAGGGCCCCGACCAACCCGUCGACAAUGGUAUGACCGACAGACUCACUGACAUUAAUGAGUGUGUUUACUUUCCAUCACUAUGUGAAAAUGGCCGCUGUAAGAACACUCUAGGCAGCUUUGAGUGUCUUUGCAACCAAGGGUAUGCCAUUGAUGAGGCGGGGAAAUCCUGUCUAGAUAUUGAUGAAUGUCGGAUUUCCUUUGGUGUGUGUGGUAAUGGAACCUGCCGAAACACCCCUGGCAGAUUCCGAUGUGAGUGCCAGACUGGUUUUGAAAGCACCAUGAUGAUGCAAACUUGCAUGGACAUCAAUGAGUGUGCACGAGACCGUACGCUGUGCCGGGGUGGAACCUGUGUGAACACUAUUGGAAGCUUCAGCUGUAUCUGCCCCGACGGACAUGAGAUGACCCAGGAUGGCCGUGGCUGUAAAGACAUUGAUGAGUGUUCUAUCGAGAGUGGUAUCUGCUCCAAUGGUCGCUGUGAGAACUACAUGGGCGGUUACCAAUGUUUCUGCGACAAUGGCUACAAACCUUCCCCACCUCGGACAUCAUGUGUGGACAUCGAUGAAUGCGCUAGCUACAAUGGGCGAUGCGAUAAUCUCUGCCAGAAUACCCCCGGGUCCUACCUCUGUACUUGUCAGCAGGGUUUCAGGAUGGGACAAGAUGGGAAGAGUUGUACAGAUAUAAAUGAAUGUGUUGAGGUAGGUGAUAUUUGCAACACGGGUGAUUGUGUGAACCUUCAGGGAUCGUACAGGUGUGUCUGCAAGGCAGGCAUGAGCAUCACACAAGAUGGAAAGGGUUGUACAGAUCUUGAUGAGUGCAGUGGGCCAGACAAGAUGUGCAAGAAUGGUCUUUGUAAGAACACCAUGGGUUCAUACAUCUGUGACUGUGACCGCGGCUAUGCUGUUCAACCUGCUAAGGGUAUUGGUUGUCUAGAUGAUGACGAGUGUUCUAACAGCAAGGCUGCCUGUGACAAGAAUGCUGACUGCAGAAAUACUGAAGGCUCUUACAAGUGCCAAUGUAAAGAUGGUUUCAGGGGAGAUGGAUUCCUCUGCAUUGACGUCAAUGAAUGUAUCAACGCCAACGGCCAAUGUGAUGACCAGGCAAAGUGUACCAACACCCCUGGAAGCUUCCGUUGUGUCUGUGACGACGGCUUUGUUGGAGAUGGUUUUGAUUGCCUUGAUGUUGAUGAGUGCUCAGUGAACCCGAACCUUUGCGACAACGGCCAGUGCCUCAACUACCCAGGCAGCUACAGAUGCGAAUGUGACAUGGGCUUCGCUCCAAAGGACGAUGAGAAGACCUGUGUUGAUAUUGAUGAAUGCAGCACCUUUGAGAACCUCUGCGUAAACGGCCGAUGUGAAAAUGUCUUUGGAAUGUUCAGAUGCAUCUGCAACCGAGGUUACGAACUCGACUCAACUGGCGGAAACUGCACGGAUGUUGACGAGUGUAAGAACCCCGACAACUGCCAGUACGGGGAAUGUGUCAACCGACAAGGGACGUACAUCUGUCAGUGCCCACCCAACUAUGAGCUGACUCCAGCUGGUACAGGAUGUGUGGAUCCCCGACAAGGUUACUGUUACAGUGACUAUCCAUUCGGUGGAGUCCAGGGUGUUUGCAGCCGUGAUCUCGCUCCAAAUGUCGGCCAGGAUGUCUGCUGCUGUACCAUUGGUUUAUCGUGGGGCGAGACAAACGGUUUCUGUGAACUCUGUCCAAGGAAUGGCACAGCCGAGUAUGACUAUCUUUGCCCGGGAGGACCAGGCUUCCAACCAAACACACUGACCAUCAUUCUUGAAGAUAUUGAUGAGUGUGCGGAGUUCCCUAACCUCUGCGCCGGUGGAACUUGUAGGAACAGUUUCGGAAGUUUCACCUGUAUUUGCCCACCUGGUUACAGCCUUGAUACGGCAACUUAUGCAUGUGAAGAUAUUGAUGAAUGUUUAGUCAACCCGGAUAUCUGUGGAGCUGGUGGUACCUGCAUUAACAACAGAGGAAGCUACAGUUGUGUCUGUCCAGACAAUACCAAGCUCAUGCCAGGUGGAGACAGUUGCAUGGACAUGCGUAAAGGCGCAUGCUAUUCUCAGGUGGCCGAAUUGACAUCUCCUUCCCGAAGAAACAAAUGUGAUGGCCUCCUGUCAACCGAUACCACCAAGAUGGUCUGUUGUUGCUCGCUGGGAAAAGCUUGGGGUUCCGCCUGCGAGCUUUGCCCUCUAUCAGGAACUGCUGAUUAUGAGAAGCAGUGUGGUGGUGUCUCACCGGGCACAAUCAUUGACCCAAACUCAGGAAAGCCAGCAGAUCUUGAUGAAUGUUCGAAAAUUCCCGAACUCUGCGAGAACGGUGUCUGUGUUAACACAUUAGGAAGCUUUAGGUGUCAGUGCCCGAAAGGGAUGGAAUUGAAUGCAGAGGGAACUGUCUGUGAAGACAUUGAUGAAUGCCAGAGUGGACAGAACCCAUGUGUUGGUGAUGCUACGUGUGAGAACACCAAGGGAAGCUAUAGGUGCAGUUGUCCUAUUGGAUUCCAGGUUUCAAGCAACCAGAGAUCUUGUAUAGAUAUUGAUGAGUGCUCGGAUGACAGGUUCUGUCAGAAUGGCGAGUGCCUCAACCUGAUUGGUAGCUACCGUUGUGUCUGCAAGAAGGGAUUUAGAAGCUCACUCAACCAGGAUGCCUGCUUAGACAUCAACGAAUGCUUAGUGCAGCCAGGUCUCUGUAGGAAUGGCUCAUGUGUUAACACUGAGGGCUCUUUCAGGUGUAACUGCUACACUGGUUACCAGACCUCGCAGAAUGGAGACUGCAUUGACGUCGACGAAUGUAGAACCACACCUGGUGGUCUCUGCAACCUUGGACGGUGCAAGAACACCCCGGGAAGCUACGUUUGCGAGUGCCAAGGAGGCUUCCGUUUAUCUCUUGACAGGAGACAGUGCGAAGAUGUUGACGAGUGUGUCGAACGCAGGGAUGUCUGUGACAAUGCUCGCUGCCAGAAUUUCCCUGGUGGAUUCAGAUGUAUCUGUGAUCCAGGUUACCAGCUUUCUGAUGAUGAGACGACUUGUGUUGAUGUGAACGAGUGUGACGACAUCCACAUGUGCCAUGGCGGCCGAUGCAUCAACAGUCCUGGAAGCUUCCAAUGUUUCUGCGAUGUUGGCUUCGUUCUAUCCACUGACAAGAAGAUGUGUUUGGAUACUCGCCAAGGAACCUGCUUCAUGACUUUUAAAAAGGGUCAGUGUACUGAGGAGCGUGCCAUCAAAUCUAACAAAGCUGAGUGUUGUUGUAGUCGUGGAGCUGCCUGGUCCUGGAACGAGGGAGCAUGCGAGAUCUGCCCCGAGCCCAAUGAAGGGAGCUUUGCUGUCCUCUGCCCAGAUGGUUUCGGUUUCAUCAUGGGUGAAGGAAUGAUGGAUGAUUUGGAUGAGUGUGCCUUGUACCCGACGAUCUGUAACAAUGGAUACUGUAUCAACACCGAUGGCUCUUACAGGUGUGAGUGUGGACCAGGUUACACCCUACUUCCAUCAGGAAACAGGUGCAUAGAUGAUGAUGAAUGUGCGCGGAGGAAUCCGUGUGGUAAUGGUACUUGUACUAACACCCCUGGAUCAUUCGAAUGCAAGUGCAGCGAUGGUUUUCUUCCUGGCCGAAAUCGGGUUUGUGAAGAUGUGAACGAAUGUGAUGAGUCAGCGAUCCAAUGUGCCUUCCGCUGCAAGAACAUCCCCGGUGCUUACAGAUGUGUUUGUCCACCUGGAUACAAGGUUGCCCCAGAUGGUCUUCAUUGCCAGGAUGUUGAUGAGUGUGCCAUUGGUGCUAACGACUGCAAGUAUGCCUGCAAGAAUCUCGUUGGUAUGCACAUGUGUAUUUGCCCCGAAGGAUAUGAAAAGAUCGGACAAGGCGAUAACUGCAGAGAUAUCGAUGAGUGCGCUGCUGAUCGGAAUAUCUGUGGAAAUGGGCGUUGUCGAAACACAGAAGGCACCUAUCGCUGUGACUGCUUUGCAGGCUAUGAAGUCUCUAAUGAUGGGAAAGUUUGCAUUGAUAAUCGCCAAGGUUUCUGCUACAUGACAUCCUAUGGUGGCCGCUGUGUCAGCCGUGGAGACAACCUCGAACUCAAGACGAAAGCUAUGUGUUGCUGUAGCAUGGGUCAGGCAUGGGGUCCAGGUUGUGAGCAAUGUCCAAGAAGAGGUACAGCUGUGUACAAGACACUAUGCAUGCAUGGACCUGGGUUUACUCCAGAUGGUCAAGAUAUUGAUGAGUGUGCUCUGGACUCGACUGCUUGUAGAAACGGCCGAUGCCUUAACACGAUGGGAUCCUAUAGAUGUAUCUGUGAUGCCGGUUACCAACCCGACAGAGACGGAACAGCCUGUAUUGAUGUCGACGAGUGCACUGCCUCAAUCAACACGUGUGAAAAGACUUGUCAGAACACCCAGGGAAGCUUUGUUUGUAGAUGUCCUCAAGGUUAUGCAUUGAACACAGAUGGAAGAACAUGUAGAGAUAUUGACGAAUGUCAGUUCAAAACCCACAACUGUCCACAAGAAUGUAUCAACACACCUGGUUCAUUCAAAUGUUCCUGCCAAGAGGGAUUCAUUGUUGGAGAACUUAAUGGAAGAUGUGCUGAUAAGGACGAGUGUGCCGAGGACCCGAACCUGUGCCAGCCAAGUGGAACCUGCCAGAACACUCCAGGAGGAUUCAAGUGUACCUGCAAACGAGGUUUCGUACCUGAUGAAACUGGAACAAGAUGUGUUGAUAAUAAUGAGUGCAGUGGCCAGCAGCGUUGUGAAUAUGGUUGCCAGAACCUUCACGGCGGGUUCAAGUGCCAGUGUCCACCAGGCUUCAUCCAGCAUCUCUAUUGGAAUCAGUGCUUGGAUCAAAACGAGUGCUCUACCCCCAAUAUCUGUGGAGGUGGUACAUGCAUCAACACCAUUGGUAGUUAUCGGUGCUUCUGUAACAAUGGAGCCAAUUUCAACCCUCUCUCACAGUCAUGUGGUCCAAGUGGAGUCGGACAAUACGGACAACAACAAUUAGGAGGAGGAGGAGGAAGAGACAGUUGUCUACAGAACCAAUGUAACUUUGGAUGUGCCGGCCAGGGACAGGGACAGGGAGGUGGAUUUGGAUGUGGCUGCCCCAAUGGAUACCAGCCAGUUGGACAAGGGCACUGUGUCACAACUAUCAACCCGCGAGUGACUGGACAAAUCCAACCAAACACUAACUUUGACAGAAACCAGCAAUAUCCACACGUUGCUAACCAAGGCAGUACUGGUCUUACAGAGGGUGAGGGAUGCUACGGAUGCAAAAACGGUAAUGGCCAAAAUGGUAAUGGCCAGCAAGGUUCAGCCGGUCAGGAGUUUGGCGGGACCGGUAAUGGUAACUACGGAAAUGGAAACUUCAAUCCAAAUGGUAACUCCAACUAUGACUACUACCCGACGCGGCGUCUGAGGAGCAAGCGAGACACGAGGGAAUGGAACAAGGAUGAAGUUGAGGACUUCCUUGAAGGCUUUAAGAAACGUCCAGAAGAUGACAACAAUAACACGGAGACCCCAACUAAGCCAAGACAUCACCACCGUCACCGCCAUCACAAGAAGCAGAAAACAGGCGAUGAAAAUAACCAAGGUCAAAAAACGCAACAGAGCAACGCUACUGGUCCUGUCACCUUGGUGUUAUACGAACAAGAUCUGAAGAAGGAUAUGUCUCUCAUGCGUCUUACCCCAGCUAUUAAGAUGCUGAAGUAUAAGCUCAAAUAUGCAAUAGUUGCAAAGAACGAGGGUGGUAUUUUCAAACUGAAGGCCGACGAGCAUGAUGUCUUUUCUGUCGUACUAAAAGAAGCCAUUAAGCGCGGUUUCUAUCAAGUUGAUAUCCUUGGAAGGCCCAUCAAGCACAAGGAUCGUCAUUUACCCGACACUCACUUGGAUGUUGAGCUUGAUCUGUACGUCAUUUGAGGAUACUGGUAAACAGUCCAAAGACUUUGUUAAGGAUGUAUUCACAGUUAACAAGCAUAAUGAUAAAAUUAUGAACUAGUAUUGUGAAUUUAUGUCUGAUGCAUCAAACAUGUUACUACUUAAUGCUCAACGAUUUAAAUCACAAUCUCUGUGUCUUCCACUAUAAAUGUCACUACAUCUUGUUUGUAUUUAAUGAGUUAAUGCCAGGAUAAGUUUUAACGACAGAUAUGAUUGGCAACUCACACUUGACUGUGUCGAUGAUUUUUACAAAUGUACAGAAUGAAUGCUUAGAAAAUUUCCAAAAAAUGUAGUUAGUUUUCGCGUAUUAUACUUCAGUCUUGUAUUGCACAUUCAUACAAUGUGAAUUCGAUUUCAUUAUAGCAAUUGUAUCAAUAAUUUGAUGGUGUUGGCCUGACCUUGCCGAGAAUGUUUGCUGGGCAGUGCGACAUACUGUAGUUCUAGCGGUGCUCAACCAUACUCUACCAUUAUGAACACGAUACUUUAUGAACACGACACUGUAUGUGCUCUAUCAAAGGCGCCAGGCAAUCUUUUGCAAUCUUAUGCAUGCAUGGUGAGAUUAGUUUAAAAUCAUAACGUUAAUUUCAACUUCUUGAUUAAACAAAGUUCCUAGACCAUAAUCAUGAUAAGUACACAGUGUAGGGACAUGCCCCUUUAAUUGAGCAGACACAGCGUGGUUCAAUCGAAGAUCAAUCCCAAUAACCAGGUAGUUUGGGGGUUCUGAUGCAGUUUUAAAGUAGCUUAGAAUGUAGUUUAGGAUACUUAGAUAAUACUGCAACAACCCUCCCCUGGCGUGGCCCUUCACAGGGGCAUGGGGUAUUCCAUCUGAUCAUAGUCACUUCAACACUCAUCAAGCUGUCAAGCUAUGCAAAAGUGUAUAAACUAUGUUUGUAUAUGUCUUUUAAAAAUGUACUCCAGAGUGAAUAAAAUAAUACUUUUAAAAUCAUA